AUGAAGGCAAUUCAUGUUUGUUGUUUACCAAAGAUGUUACAUUUUCUAGCAAAAAUUCUUUUAUUAUUAAUAUUUAUAUUUAUUUAUUGUGAAUUUUUGAUCUAUUAUUUUGUUUUAUUGGGUUGUUCAUGGCCUCAAUUAUCUAAACUUGAUCAGGAUUUUACUGUAAAACCACCAAAUGAUCCAUAUCAAAAACCAUUACAUGUAAUGUUUAUUGCUGAUACCCACUUACUUGGCUCACGUGAAGGUCAUUGGUUUGAUAAAUUACGUCGAGAAUGGCAAAUGUAUCGUUCAUUUCAAUCAGCAAGAUUUCUAUUUGAACCAAAUAUUAUUUUUUUUCUUGGUGAUGUAACUGAUGAAGGUAAAUGGUGUUCUGAUCAUGAAUGGGAAACAACUGUUCAACGUUUUCAUUCAUUAUUCUCUAUUCCAAUUGAUACAAAAAUAUAUGUUCUUGCUGGUAAUCAUGAUAUUGGUUUUCAUUAUGAUGUAUCAGAUGGUCGUUUAAAACGUUUUGAAAGUUCAUUUCAUGCUCCACAUGUUCGUUCAAUAACAAUUGAUGAUAAUAAUAUACAUUUUGUAUUAAUCAAUUCGAUGGCAUUCGAAGGUGAUCAAUGUCGUUUAUGUGCACGCGCUGAAAAAGAACUUAGCGAAGUUAUUAAUGAUCUUAAACAAUCCGGAGCAUGGACUAAACCAAUAUUAUUAUCUCAUUUUCCAUUAUAUCGAGUGUCAGAUGCUAAUUGUUCACGAUGGACACAAUCAUCGUCUUCCUCUUCUCGAAUUAUUCCACAUAAAGAACGUUAUGAUGUUUUAUCUAAAGAUGCAACUGAACAUUUACUAAAAACAAUUCAACCACGUCUUGCAUUCACAGCUCAUACACAUGAUUUUUGUCAUACAAGUCAUAUGGGUUUAAAUGGUAAAGCCAUUCCUGAAUGGACUGUUCCAUCAUUUUCUUGGCGUAAUCGUGAUGAUCCAUCAUUAAUGUUAUUAUCCAUUACAAGCAAUAAUGAACGUGUAUCACAUUGUUAUUUACCACGUGAAACAACAGUUUUUUUGUCCUAUGGUAUUGGUGCUCUUCUUUUGAUUUUAUAUAUGUUAUUUGGAGGAAGAAGACCAUUUUUUCUAUUAGCUUUUUGUUUUUUAAGAAGAAGAAUUAAAUUUUAA